AUGUCGGUCAACUUUCGCGACCGCGCCAUUGCCGAGGUGCAAAAGGCCAUCACGGCCGACCACAACCAGGAGUACCAAAAGGCCUUUGACCUCUACAUGUCCUCCAUGGAGCUCUGGGUCAAGGCGCUCAAGUGGGAGAAGAACAAGGCGCUCAAGGCGACUUUGCAAGAGAAAAUGGCAACCUACCUGGAUCGCGCCGAGAAACUCAAGGUGUUCUUGCAGAACGAGGCGGAGGGCGGCAACAACGGCAGUGGAAAGUCCCUCAUGGGCGUCAACGGGUCGAGCACUGGUAAGGCCAAGAGCGCGCCCGAGGACGACGACAACAAGAAGCUACGGAACGCCCUCUCGGGCGCCAUCUUGCAAGAACGGCCAAACGUGCGGUGGGAGGACAUUGCUGGUCUGGAGGGUGCCAAGGAGACGUUGAAGGAGGCCGUCGUCCUGCCGAUCAAGUUCCCCUCGCUAUUCCAGGGCAAACGCCAAGCAUGGAAGGGUAUCUUGCUGUAUGGUCCCCCAGGUACCGGUAAAAGUUACCUUGCCAAGGCCGUGGCCACGGAAGCCAACAGCACGUUCUUCAGUAUCAGCAGUUCAGACCUGGUCAGCAAGUGGAUGGGUGAGAGUGAACGCUUGGUCAAGGCGCUCUUCUCCAUGGCGCGCGAGAACAAGCCAUCAGUCAUCUUCAUUGAUGAGAUUGACGCGCUCUGUGGGCCCCGUGGUGAAGGCGAGUCCGAGGCAUCAAGACGUAUCAAGACGGAGAUUCUGGUGCAAAUGGAUGGUGUAGGAAACGACAGCAAAGGUAUCUUGGUGCUCGGCGCAACGAACAUUCCGUGGCAACUAGAUGCCGCCAUCCGACGACGAUUUCAACGACGUGUACACAUUGGUCUACCUGACCUGAAUGGCCGUGCCAGGAUGUUCAGGCUUGCGAUUGGCGACACAGAUACGGCAUUGGUGGCGAGCGACUACAACAUCCUAGCGCAAAAGUCAGAAGGCUUCUCUGGCAGUGAUAUUGCAAACGUGGUGCAAUCUGCGCUGAUGCGACCGGUGCGCAAGAUUCUGCAAGCGACACAUUUCAAGGCCGUCAUGAAAGAUGGCAAGCGCAUGCUGACUCCUUGUUCACCGGGCGAGCCUGACAAGAUCGAAAUGACCUACGACGACGUCGACUCGGAGGAACUCCUCGCGCCCGACGUAACACUCAAAGACUUUGAAGUGGCCUUGGACGACUCGCAUCCGACGGUGUCAAAGGACGACAUUGAGCGGCAGAUUGAGUGGACGAACGAGUUUGGUAGCGAGGGAGCCUGA